AUGAACGGUUAUUCGAACGGAGUGAACGCUAGCCAGGAAAAGCACAAACGGGUGAUCGUCGAUUCUCCCUAUGUCCGCUGUGAUGGCAAAGAAAUGGAAACGAGAUUCCACUACCGUAAGAACCAUUUCUCCCAUACAGCCGAUGGACUGAAAGUGACACCGAAGGAGCAUGAAUACGUCUUCAAAACACAACUGAAGCCGAAGAAAACUGGUGUUCUACUUGUUGGUAUUGGAGGCAACAACGGAUCGACUUCUGUAGGAGCAAUUUUCGCUAAUAAGAAACAUAUGACAUGGCGAACGAAGGAAGGCAUUCAAACUGCCAACUAUUUUGGGUCUGUCACCCAGUCAUCAACUGUUCAUCUCGGAUGGGAUGGCCAGCAGCAGAUCCACGUGCCAUUCAAGGAUAUCAUACCGAUUCUUUCACCCAAUGAUCUCAUCAUCGACGGCUGGGAUAUCAACAAUCAAAAUCUCUAUCAGGCAAUGAUCCGAGCUAAGGUAUUCGCACCCGAAUUACAAGAGAAACUACGACCAUAUAUGGAACCGAUAGUGCCAAUGCCAUCGAUCUACUAUCCGGAUUUUAUCGCGGCUAAUCAGGGUGAUAGAGCAAAUAAUGUUGUCCCGGGCACCAAUAAGAAGGAGCAUCUGGAGCACAUCCGUCGCGAUAUUCGCAAUUUCAAGGAAAAACAUGACUUGGAAUGCGUGAUUGUGUUAUGGACAGCAAACACGGAGCGAUAUACUGAUGUCGUGGAUGGCUUAAACAUGACGGCUGAACAGAUACUCGCUUCUGUUGACGCUAGCGCGGACGAGAUAUCGCCAUCGAACAUCUUCGCUAUCGCAUCCAUCUUGGAAGGCGCUCACUACAUCAAUGGGUCGCCGCAGAACACCCUCGUGCCCGGUAUUAUCGAGCUAGCCCGCAAGCAUAAUGUAUUCGUCGGUGGAGAUGAUUUCAAAUCUGGCCAGACAAAGUUCAAAUCAGCUCUGGUGGAUUUCUUGGUCAGCAGCGGACUAAAGCCAGAGUCAAUCGUUUCAUACAAUCAUCUCGGAAACAACGACGGAAAGAACCUCAUUAGUCGUUAUUAUGCCAGACAAGUGUUCCGAUCGAAGGAGAUUUCCAAAUCUUCUGUUGUUGACGAUAUGGUAGAGGCAAAUAAAAUUCUCUAUCCAACUGGGCAGAAACCUGAUCACUGCAUCGUUAUCAAAUACGUGCCAUUUGUUGGAGACUCAAAACGAGCUAUGGACGAGUAUAUCUGCAGCAUUUUUAUGGGCGGACUACAGACGUUCGUCAUUCACAACACGUGUGAAGAUUCCCUUCUUGCAACUCCUCUCAUCUACGAUUUGCAUAUGACAGAGUUACCAGCGAUAAUUCAUCGUGUUGGGCAUCCACGCCAGUAA